AUGGCUAGUGAACCUUCGAGCGCCACUAUAGCCAGUGAACCUUUAACCAGCACUUCAGAAAUUCAAACAGAUACUUCUGAGCCUUCCCAACUCAAAUAUUUACCAAAGAGUAAUCCUAAAAUUCCGAUUUCAAUCGUUUGCUGUGUUAGAUUGCGAACACCUUUUCCACCGCCAAU